AUGUCUGCAAAUCAUCUGGAUCCUCACAGUGAACCAUUUAUAGGUCCCCAACCUAGAGUAGAUUUGUUGGCCAAUUAUUGUCACCAUAGUGAGAAAAUGUUGAUGACAGUUGAUUGGUCACAUGGCAUUAGUCAUGUAGGCCAAUGUUUCGAAGGGGGUCUUGCUGCUUUCCGUUUGGUUUUGUCCAAAUAUGCUAUUGAGUGUGGAUUUGACUUCAAAUUUGUUAAAAAUGACUCAGUUCAGAGGUUGAACAACUUGCAUAGUUGUGGUGCUGUUGUUCGCACUGGGAAGAAUAACAGACUUAACUCUAAAUUGGUUUGCAAUGUUAUUGGUGAUCGGUUACGUGAUAAGCCGCUUACACAUCCCACUGACGUCGUGUUUGAGCUAAAAAAGGAGUACGACCUUAAUGUUAGUUACCACGUAGCAUGGUUAGGUGUGGAGAAGGCAAGAGGCGAAAUGUAUGGUGACUAUCAUGCUUCAUUUGAUCAACUUAGGUGGUACGCAGAUGCGGGAGAUUUAAAGACAAUUUGCUUGCAGCGACGGGGGAAGGAUGGCAACAAAGGUUUAUUCCGAUUAGCUUUUACUAUUGUUGACUCUGAAACAACUGCAAAUUGGACUUGGUUUUUACAGCAACUGACAAAGGUUGUUAGUAGUGCUCGCACAUUAACUUUUGUAUCCAACCGUAAUAUUGGGUUGCUUGAACCCUUGCCUGCUGUAUUCCCAUCUGCACACCAAGCGUACUGCUUACAACAUCUUCAAGCAAAUUUGAGGGACAAAUUACGAUGGGUUGACAACCGUGUACGUUUUGGUUUAAUAGCGAAGUUGCGUGAAUGUGCGUAUGCUCCAACUGAGGCUUCGUUUCAGCAGCAUUAG